AUGGCGCAGUCAAGGAAGAAGCUAGAGGACUGUCCGAAAGAGCUCCUAUGCAAGAUCGCUCGUGAAGCCUCGAGCGCUCGAGAUGCGGUCGCCUUGAUGCAAACAUGUCGCGCGUUCUACCAGCUUCUCGCGGGUGAACUGCUCAAAGACCUCCCAGUCAUGCAGCUCCGCACGUUGAAUAUUGACUACAUCAAGAAAUACGGUACCAAGACAAAGAACUUGAUACUACAUCAUAGUCAUGGCGAUCCUGACUUACCCACCGAGUGCUUACUUAAAGAGACGUUCCGCGACCUUCCAGACAUAUUUCACGCCAGCGAGUCCCAUGAAGUCUUUGGCUUCACUAACGCGUCGUCCAUAUCUAAUGAAUUCUAUGGGCAAACCGUCAAGCUUCUAGAGUCUGAAAUCUCUUUGCGGCUCCUUGUGCUCCCGGAAAAUAUUAAGAAGGAUUGGUGGAAUGAUACUGAAUCGUUCUGCCCUAAGUCAACCCGGAAGCACCGUUGA